AAAACCUUGAGGAGACUUUUUUGUUUUGUAAACAUUAAGAAACGUGAGGAUGGUGGGGCAAAACGACUAGAUCCCAUCUUCCUGUGAUCCUUUAGCCGGAAAACUGUCAAAAUCUGUGGAUAAGUUCACAAGAUAGGAAAAAGGAUGGCAUCUAGAGUGAAUACCAGUUUCACUUUGAUUCCCAACCAGAAAUAUAGACGUAGUAAUCGUCGGUCCAGCUGUGUUUCCAGCACCCUUUACUCCGAUUCUCAGCCCUUAUCAACGCUUGGAAAUUUUAAAGCCUUGCCAUUGGAAAUAUUCCAAAUAAUCUUAAGAUAUUUGUCAGUGAAAGACAUCAGCAUACUAAGCAUGGUGUCCAAAACUUUCAGCCAGCACAUUGUUAAUUAUAUCUCGACCGCAUCAGGAAGCAAAAGGCUUUUACUACAGGACUUUCACAACCCUGAGCUGCCUGGCGAGAGACAAGACUCUGCUAUGCUGGAACACUACAGAUCUCUAGGUUUACUAUUUAAAAGAUGUACACUGUUGCUACCCACAAAGGAAAGACUAAAGUACAUUCACAAGAUACUCGCUGAAGUUUCCUGUUUUAAAUUCAAUGGCUGUGCAGCUCCUAUGCAAUGUUUAGGAUUAUCAUGUUAUGGCAUGUUUUUACAGAUCUUAACAGCAGGUUGGGACGAACUGGAGUGCCAUCGUGUUUUUAACUUCUUGUGCGAGCUGACCAGCCUCUCCCGCAAGGUGCAGACCACUGUCUUCAGCAAACCAGGAAAUGCCCGAAAACUGGAGCUGAGGAUCAGACUGUUCUGUAGGAAUGUUCUGCUUGAUCAUUGGACACAAAGAAGCGAUUCUGCUUUUUGGCUGACAUGUAUAUUAAAGCCAUGGCCAAUGGUGAAUCAGGCAAGAUUGCUAUACAUCAUUUUUGGACCAAUAUCUCCUCAGGAUGGACAAGUGGUUUGGCAGAAAAUGAUAGAAGAACCUACAGAUGAAUCCAGUCUGAAAGGUUUGGCUGAUGCCAUUAACUUAUUAUAUGACACAGGCAUCAAAGAGUGGACAGCAGAUGAUGUUAUCAGUCUUAUAGAUGAACUAUCAGUGGUUCCUCGGGAGUGGCUUCUAGAAAAUAACGCGCGUCUCCUAAUCCUGUGCGGGAACGACAUCUGUUUCACGUUCAUGGCUAGUAAAGCUGUGAACGGACGGGCCACUGAACUCGCAAGACUGAUAGUCUUUCUGGCUUUGGUGUGCGAGAAAGAACUAUACUGCAUGGAUUGGACAGUUAAAAUAAUGCAAAGACUCUGUAAAGUCUUCAGUACUUCAGUGGAUAAACACAACUUCCUACAGAAUGUGGCAAAUGCAUUUGCAUGUAUUAUCAUGGAAAUGCUGCAGUCAGUCAUGUCUGGAGACCAUGAUGAAGAGGACAGAAACUUUUUGAAUUUGUUCCAUCUUGUGCACGCUCAGGCUAACUUCCAUAAGGAGGUCCUGUAUUUGACCGUGGAUUCUGCCUCUACCUAAAUACUGAGACAGCCUUGCAUUUAGAGACUACCUCACUGAACUAACAAUUAGAAGAAUGCUACUUCUCCACAAAGAAUAGCAUCCAAGGGACUUUUUAUCACCUAUGUACUUCUAAAGUUGCAUAGAAUUUUAGUGGCAACUGUUUAGACCACUAUUAAUAUAAAAAUUACAGGCAAACUCAAGAAUAUAUUGAGAUUUCUCUGAAAAACAAGUUGUGCCUCUUCAGAUUUUGGUAAACCCAACAACAAAAUAGGUGGAACAUUAGUGUCUCAGAAUCUGGGGCCAGUCAACCUGCAUGUGUGGAUCGUUGAAACCAGAAAAUUUUGCUUUAUAACUGAGCAGACACAAGUUCAUUAAACAGUAUGUAA